GUAACCUCAACUCCAAAGUAGCAAACCAAAAACAAACCUUGACUCCAAAGCCUUUACGUGACCGAAUACAAACAAGUUUUAAUUUGUGUUUCUCUAAAGUUGGGUGAGUGUAUCUGAUUUCAAUGGAAUCCAAUUGUGUUCAGUUUCUUGGAAACAAGACCAUUCUCAUCACUGGAGCUCCUGGUUUUCUUGCCAAAGUUCUCAUAGAGAAAAUAUUGAGGUUGCAACCAAAUGUGAAGAAGAUGUACCUUCUCUUGAGAGCUGGCGAUACUAAAUCAGCCAUGCAACGCCUACGUAGUGAGGUCUUGGAGAUAGACCUCUUUAGGGUGUUGAGGAACGAUUUAGGUGAAGAAAAAUUGAAUGCCUUGGUGCGGGACAAAAUCGUGCCGGUUCCAGGUGAUAUAUCGAUCGAUAAUUUGGGGGUGAAAGACUCCGAUCUUAUACAACGUAUGUGGAGUGAGAUUGAUACCAUUAUCAACAUCGCAGCCACUACAAAUUUCGACGAAAGAUAUGAUAUUGGUCUUGGCAUCAACACAUUUGGAGCUCUUAAUGUUCUCAACUUCGCCAAAAAGUGUGUUAAAGGGCAAUUGCUUCUCCAUGUCUCGACCGCAUACGUUAGCGGAGAAAAACCGGGAUUAUUACCGGAGAAACCAUUCAAGAUGGGGGAGACUCUCAGCGGAAAUGGCAAACUAGACAUCAAUAUAGAACACGACCUAAUGAAACAGAAACUGAAAGAGCUUCAAGAUUGUUCUGAAGAAGAGAUCUCGCAAACAAUGAAAGAUUUUGGAAUGGCAAGGGCAAGGCUUCAUGGAUGGCCAAAUACAUAUGUAUUCACGAAAGCAAUGGGAGAGAUGCUAAUGGGAUACUAUAAAGAAACUUUGCCGCUUGUCAUCAUACGUCCAACAAUGAUCACUAGUACUAUUGCCGAACCAUUCCCCGGUUGGAUCGAAGGGUUGAAAACAUUAGAUAGUGUGAUCGUUGCAUAUGGUAAAGGAAGGCUUAAAUGUUUUCUUGCGGAUUCAAACUCAGUCUUUGACCUUAUACCAGCAGACAUGGUGGUAAAUGCGAUGGUUGCAGCCGCGACAGCUCAUUCGGGAGAUACCGGGGUUCAGGCAAUAUACCAUGUUGGUUCUUCUUGUAAGAAUCCAGUCACGUUUGGACAACUUCACGAUCUCACGGCUCGUUACUUCAGUAAAAGUCCUCUGAUUGGUCGGAACGGCUCACCAAUCAUAGUGACCAAAGGAACGAUUUUGUCUACUAUGGGUCAAUUCAGCCUCUACAUGACCAUUCGUUACAAGCUUCCUCUACAGAUACUUCGAUUGAUCAAUAUAUUUUACCCAUGGAGCCACGGAGACAACUACAAUGACCUCAGCCGAAAAAUUAAGCUAGCUAUGCGACUAGUUGAGCUUUACCAGCCUUACUUACUCUUCAAGGGCAUAUUUGAUGAUUUAAAUACCGAAAGACUACGAAUGAAAAGGAUGGAGAAUAUCAAAGAGUUCGAUGGAUCGUUUGAGUUCAAUCCCAAGUCCAUUGAUUGGGACGAGUAUAUCACAAACACUCACAUUCCUGGCCUCAUCACUUAUGUGCUUAAACAGUAAAUUGAAGUAGUAAUAUAUUUAAUAUGUUUGGAUACGAGUAAUCUCGUAUUGGAAAUUAUUGUAAUGAGUGUGAAUCUCGUGUGUAAUAUCAUUAUAUAUAUCCACAUAUUUUAAAGAAUACAAUUAUGCCACUAUAAUCGAGUUCUACUUUCUGUAA